AUGGGCCCAGCAAAGUUUCACUUUGUGACAGGUAGUCCCCUAGGAGAUGACUUGGAACAGAGGGACCCAAACUCCUCUAGACGUUCAAUGCCAAGAGAGCUAACCUGCCCAAGUCAGGCUGGCUCCAAAUCUGCAGCACCCAAGGUAACCCAGAGCGCCAUGUCCAAGUGCGGGAACCUACCUGAAGAAGAGUCCCGUGGCAAGGUCAGUCUCAAACCGCCUCGGAAGAGUACUGCGUUGCCUGUCUCUUCCAGAAGCUAUACCAGUACUGAAGGCCAAGCUGCUAUCAAAUCACUGCCCCUGGCCUUUACCACCCCAAGAGCAAGUAGGAGUCUGGCCCUCGCUUCCUUUGAAUCUCGGAGAGCUUCUCGGGAGCUGCUGAGAGCAGGCCUGCCUCCGAGGAGCAGAGGCAUCGCCUCCGAGGGGAAAGCAACAAGACUGUCUCUGGGUAACUCCGGGCCCAGCAUGCAGAAAGCAGCUGCCACUGGAAAAACAAGCCAGGGAUCCAACGUGGAGACCCAGCCUGCUGCCCAACUACCUGCCAGCGGCACUGUGAAGCAGAGUGCUACAAAGCUACCUUGCAGUGAGAAGUGCCCCUCAUCCCUCCAGCCUCCUACCAAAGUCCCUGGACUCAGCAGCAGCAGCAGACCCUUGCUCAUGGGAUCCCGAGUUUCUCUGGGUCCAGGGAUCCUCUGCACGAGCAAAGGGGCUGGAGCUCUGGGAACCAAACUCCCAACUUACCCAGGUACCAGGCUAAGACUAAUGAAGCCCAGACCCAGCAGCAUGCAGCACAUCAAUGGGACCCUGCAGCCAGCAUGCACUCUUCCCACUGGGCAUCCAGGAGCCAGAUCCAGCCCCCAGGACAAAGAGACAGAAAGUGUCACCAAACCUGGCUGCAACAAGCUGCCUGUUCGAAGGGCUGCCACCGCUGCGAUUCCUGCCAGGGCUCCCCACUCCCGACUGAGACCAACAGGGAGGACAACAGCCUCCCCCAAAAGGCUCCCUUCCCCUAAGCGAGCUCGCCUAGGUAAAGACACUAACUCAGCAGCAGCUGCCCAAGCCCUGGAGCCCAGUGGCGGAGAAGGGCUCUCUGUAGACACUGAGGACAAGCCAGUGCUGGCUGUGGGGCAAGACUGCACCAGUGCAGGUGGAAUGGCCCAGCCUCAGACGGGUGGGAAUUCCCCAGCUCCUCUCAGUUUCCUCCCUGACUCUGCCCUGGAGAGUGGAGGUGCAGCGCCCUCCAUGCAGCUUCCAGAUCAGCUGCUCUCGCAGGAGCUGCAGAGAGUGAGGAGUGAGCUGCAGAGAGUGAAGAAUGAGCUUGCUGCAAGAGAUGCCCAAUGUGAAGCCUAUCGAAGGACCAUCUCCUCCCUGGAGGCUCAGCUGAGGGCAGGCUCCCUCUCACAGGACUGUGCCUUGGAAGGCGAGUGA